AUGGGUUCUGUUUUUGGGACCGCUGCAUCCCACGAUGUUACCUUCAGCCGAUCUGAUAUUCUCAACUUCAUAUUUUUUGACCUUUCUGCACAGGUUUCAGACGAUGUGAUUGAUAGUAUUCGACGUCAUCAACCGCAUCGGAACUCCUCAACGACUUCCCCUGCCACUUCCACCCUCACUCCUUCCCCACUACAAAUGGAUACUAAAGAAGAGUCACCAUCUGAAUCUUCGGUUAACACCGCUGCAAUUGCUUCCCAGUGUCUCACCCUUUCGCGUGAUGAGCUUGAACGCAAGUACGAAGCUCUUCUUAGAAAGUUGGAGGAGCGGAAUGAUAAGUACCUUAAGGCCGCGGAGGAAGAGUAUGCCAGAGUCGUUGAUCGUCUUUAUGCCAAAUAUUUGAGUCACACCCCCGUGCCAUGCUGUGUUGAUGCACAGAAGCAAGUGAUGGACUGCUACAGGAGUAACGGACAGCGCUCGCUUAACUGUUCAAAAGAAGUGGAGUCCUUCGUUCGAUGCGUUGCUGCUUUUCGUAGCGCACGAAUGGGCCACCCUGACGCAGAGGUCUUGUGA